CGAUAUACAUUUCUCUUUAUAUUUUUUAACUUCAACGAGAGUAAAGGUGAUGGCUGUUGCUGUCUCAAGGGAUUUGUCAGUGCAGGUGCUUGAGGAUCUGAAUACAGUUAAACUAACGGAGAGACAGCAAAAUGUGCGUGAUGCAAAACAGCGUGGGCAACCCAAAUGUAUUGGGGUGAGUCAGAUAAUGCUGGGCCUGAUGAUCAUGUCCUACUCUAUUCCACUGCACUUCAUCAAUGUCACUGAGGUGGUUUACCUGGGUGUGCCAUGGUGGAGUGGCCUUGUGUUUAUAACGGCUGGAGUGGUUGCUAUCAUCUUGGACAAACACUGUACCACGAGGACUUACCAGGCAUCCUUGAUGGUGAAUGUUGUUUCCACAGUGGUGUCAGUUAUUGCUGUGAUUGUAUAUUCUGUUGAUCUGGACAAACAUCCAGAGGCAUCAUGUGUCAAGAAAUUGGAUGGAAGCUGUAACGUAAACUUCUACGCCACGCGCCUGACCAGAGGGUUGAAAUUCUCCCUCCUGCUCUUCACCAUGGCCCAGACUGCAGGCUCUGCCACUCUCUGCUUCUAUCUGUACAGAAUGAAGUACACCUUUGGAUUGUACAGUUCUUUUACCGAAGCUGCUUCAUCGAUUCCCAGAAGGCCCACCUGACCAGUACUCCAUCUCAAGAUGUAGUGGAUUGUUUGAUGAACAAGUGUCACUACACACAAUCCAAAUAAGUGGCCUGUAAUUGAAAAUACAAACCACUAAAUACUCACAUGUAACUGUAAAUGAUGUAUUAGCAACAACAUCAACUGUUCCUCACUAAUUUCACCUGACAAUUGUGAUCACCAAUGCGCUACUUUUUUUUAAAACAAAUAUAUAUACAGUAUAUUUUUUCUUCUGGACUUUCUCACUUACCCAUUUCCUGUGGCACCUGUGAAUAAUUCGUGCAAAAGGGUCAACUGCAUAGCGACAGACACCCCCUGUGCCUGAUGAUAUUUCAUGAUUUGCAUCAUGUUUCAUGAAGAUGCAAAUUACAUGUCUGGAUACAUAUUUUUCCCUACAUGCGCUUUCCAUUAAAAAACUAACACACGU